AUGUCCUCAGACUCCGCAUCUGCCUCUGGGCGCUACAAACUCGUCUUCUUCGUCCCACAUUCUCACAUCGAAGUGUGUAAAGAUGCUCUCUUCGCGACCGGGGCAGGAACCUUCCCAGGCGGCAAAUACACCAAAUGUUGCUUCCAGAUGUCGGGUCAAGGCCAAUUCUUGCCAUCUGAUGCAGCAAAUCCCGCGAUCGGAGCGGCGGGUGCGUUAGAAACGGUGGAGGAGAUGAGGGUGGAGAUGAUGUGUUUCGGUCGGGACAUCAUGUUGCAGGCGGUCAAUGCGCUGAUCAAAGCGCACCCAUAUGAGGAGGUCGCUUAUGAGGUUUAUAAGUUGGAGGAGUGUCGCUCUCCCUCCUCCCCCCAAUCCACUCAUAUCCCUCUCCGCUCGCCAGCAAUGGCUUCAAAAUUCUUCCCCGCCGUCCCGCGAGUCGGACGUCAAUUCUUUCAGAGCGUCCCCAAGACUCAAUGCAGACCGUUCUCGGCUGGUCCGCAACGUUGCAGCGACACCCUUGCCGUGCACCGCAAUAAGCCUACCAACAACCCGACCAUCCCGUUUAAGUUCUCCGAGCAGAACGAGAAAUUGAUCGAUGAGAUCCUCAAGCGUUAUCCCCCCCAGUACAAGAAGGGUGCCGUCAUGCCCCUCCUGGAUCUGGGCCAGCGCCAGCACGGCUAUACCAGCAUCAGUGUCAUGAACGAGGUCGCCCGCCUCCUCGAGAUGCCCCCAAUGCGUGUCUACGAAGUCGCUACUUUCUAUACCAUGUACAACCGUGAGCCUGUUGGCAAAUACUUUGUUCAGCUUUGCACAACGACGCCAUGCCAGCUCGGAGGCUGCGGCAGUACCAAGAUCCUGGAAGCCAUCACGGAACACCUCGGUAUCACCCCCGGACACACUACCGAGGACGGUCUUUUCACCUUCAUUGAGGUUGAGUGCUUGGGUGCCUGUGUCAAUGCCCCCAUGGUCCAGAUCAACGACGACUACUACGAGGAUCUUACCCCCGAAUCCAUCAAGACUCUCCUCACCGCGCUCAAGGAGUCCGCCGUCGCUACCGAGGCCGGCAAGUCCGUCCAGGUUCCUGCCCCGGGACCAUUGAGCGGAAGACAGACCUGUGAGAACAGCGCUGGAUUGACAAACCUGCGGGAGCCCGUUUGGGACCCUGAGACUAUGAUGAGAAAAGACGGUGCCUUGGACCAGCCUCAGCAGCAAUAA